GUCUGGCAAGGAUACAACUUGGAUACUAUCAUUCAAAGAUACGGAAAUAUGCUUGGGCAAGCACACCUCCCACCAGAUCCUAUGCCAACUUCGCCACCUCACGCUAUCACAGCAGAGAACUCGCUGAGAAGCAGAAUCUCUGAGCAUGUCUUUCCCAGAGUACGACGAGGGCUCCGAGCUGGUUUCGACUUCUUGACAACAUUGGAUCAGAUGAGGGGCUUGACAAGGGUGUCGCUCGAUGUUGGGGAGUCUGCAAAGCUUGUUGACAAUUUCAAGGCCGACACUGCCUAUUUUGCCCUAGCGCCCCCAGUUGGCACGAGUUGGAACCGUGCUCCUGGUGAUAUCAAACCGUCUUGGAAAUGGAAUACAGCCCUGGAAACCCAUCCGAUUACCGGUGCGCGUGUGGAGUAUCGUCAAGCACUCAGUCAAGUCAAUUGGUAUAUGAGACAACAUCAUUCACGAUACGGCUUUCUUCUUACUGAUCGAGAAUUGGUUGUCUUCCGACGAUUGGAUAACAAUGGCAAUCUGGAGCUUGCGCAUCCAGUUCCAUUUACUAGAGGAGGUACCGUUGUGCAACCGCAGCUGACAGUUCUGUUAGCAUUAUAG